GUGCCACAAUAUAAUCUUGGUAACAUUGGUUAACCGUUCAAGGAAGAUAACUACGUGGCAAACCAAAUAAGUGAUAGCGGAAAAGCAAAAUCUUUGGCUAAAAUAGUUUUAGGAUUCAAUUUGUCUGUGGUUGUGGUGUUCCGAUAUUAAGAUGGUGUUGACUUUGUAUCACUUCCCUCCUAGCUUCCCAUCAAGAGCAGCAUUGCUGGUUGCACGUGCGGUUGGUGUAGAUGUUACAGUGAAAAACCUUAAUUUGUUUGAGAAGGAGCAAUUAAAUCCUGAGUUUACUAAAAUCAAUCCCCAGCACACUAUACCUACUCUGACAGAUGAUGAAUUUGUUAUUUGGGAUAGCCAUGCAAUUGCUAGUUACUUAGUGCGCAGCUAUGCAGCAGAUGAUUCAUUAUAUCCACAGGAUCCAAAGCAGAAAGCGAUAGUGGACCAGCGACUGUACUUUGAUGCAGGAACACUUUUUCCAACAAUCAGAGGAAUAUUUUUUCCAGUUAUUACUCUGGGGAAAACAACAGUAGAUGAAGAUCAAAAAGCAAGUGUUCAAGAGGCUCUCUCUUUCCUUGAUAAGUUUCUGGAGGGUGGCUCCUGGGUAGCUGGGAACAAAAUGACUAUUGCAGAUUUUGCCUGUGUUGCAUCUGUGUCCAGCAUUGUGGGACUUGGCCUGGAUAUAACAGCCCACAAGAAUGUGACUGCUUGGCUUGCUCGUUGUCGCUCAGAAAUGCCAUAUUAUGAAGAAGUGAAUGAGUCAGGAGCUGAACAAAUGAGAAAGGCAUUUCUUAGUCGCCUUCAGGGCAAUAAAAUUUAAUAGUUUCUGUCUGACAAACAAGAAACAAGGAAGUGGUUGAUAAACAGACAUUUGUAUCACUUAUGAAGUGGGAAAAUGCUAGAAAUUUUAAGCCAAUGUAAAACAUUUGUUAAAGAGAUGAAUGCCAAGUACAGCUCCAAUAAAAGAACAGAUAAUUAAUUGUAUUCUGUUAAAAACUUACAAUUUUGCUCUAGUGCAUGUCGUCGUACAAGUCCAAGACAAUCAGUAGAGGUUGUAACUGACGGCAUCAAAACAGAAACUUGUAUACAUUUAUACAGAAUGUGGCAGGGAAAACUGACGGUAUUGAAAUAAAAUUCAAUUCAAUUCAUUUAUUUAAAUGAAACAAAAAUAAUAUUUUUAACUUCUGUUUUUAACAAAAUGAAGAACAUCACAAAGCAUUUAAUGCACAUAAGUUACUUAUUAAAAAUUAUUUCAAUAAGAUGACUUCAAACCUGUAUACACUGUUGUACUCUUUAGUGCAUAUUCCCCAUCACUUGUGUUAUCUCUUCUGGUACUACUGCAGUUUCUUCUCUAAUGUUCUGCUUCAAUUUAGUGAUUUGUUCCUCUAAAUUUUAUCUGUAUUUUUGUACAUAACUGUCUCAGAAUCAACGUUCAGGAUAAUUUAAUGAUAGAGUCAUUAAAUUUUCUGAGUCUAGGUUGGGAAGGAACAGGUCUAGAAGACAACAGACAGAUGGAGAGACUUGGUUCCUAGAUGAACCACAUAAAGUGGAAAUACCUUGGGAAGAAGUAGAACAGUUGUUAUAAUUAAAAAAAGUGGAAAAAUUCAGGUACCUGUGAACAAAUAUUGCAAAAAAUCAUGAUUCAGAGCAGAAUGUAUGCUGAAAAUACAAUUUAACAUACCACUCCUUAAGAAUAUGAUACACAUGCAGUGUGUAGAGCAAGUUCCUCUUGAUUACUCUCAACUCAGAAUCAUAUCUACUCUUAUUAAUAGGGCAAGAUUAUAUAAAACAAUCACCAAACUCCAAUAUAACUUUCACUUACCGAUUUUUCAUGAGAUGAGAAUAUGUCUGUAGGCCAAUGUGUUGAUCCAGAGUUAAUUUGUACUCUUCACUUGUGUCCUACAACAAAGGAGGAUGAUCAGAGUUCAGCUAACAUAUGCCUUCUUUAUGUUUAGAACAGCUACCACUAAAGAACAACAUAUUAUAUCAGUAAAACCUGUCAUACAUUAAUGGUGAGGGAAUAAUAAUUGAAACUAAAAAUUAUAUAUGCUAAAUAAGUUUUUAGUUCCUUUCUAACAAUUAGCAUUUUGAGGUUAUGUAAGAAACCUAUAUUUGUACAGCUCUGUAAAUUAAAUAUAAUCUUGAUGUAUCCUA